AUGGCUUUGUCGAGAACUUUAAAUGCUCGUAUAACAUUUGGAAGAGCGAUGAAAGUUGUACAAGCGGCAAACAGACUCGAGAAAAAUACUACAAAAAAACCUGAUAGUGAGGAUGAUAAGGAAGAACUACAAAAUGUGCAAGAAAAUCAAAAUCAUAAUCAAAAGCAGGCCCAGGAUAUCGAAACGGAUCCAGAU